CAUAGUUAUCAAUGUCAAAAUCAAAGUACAACUUAGACACAUCGUCUGGAAGGAUGUUAAUUGAAGACCAAGAUAACAUAAUUUCUCAGUUAUCAAAAAAUUCAAAUCAUGCGUUAUCAUCUUUAGCAUCAAGAAAUCUGAUGAGUCGUCAAGGACAAAUUAUAAUUACAGAUGAAGGAAUUGUUUUCCCACCCGGAGCUCUAAUGGUUGAUGCAAACCAUGUCUCAGAUACAAGUUCGUUAGUUGAUGGUCUCACCGAUGACACUCAAAAUGACAAUGAUUUUGAUAUAAAAGUUGAGAGCAUUAAAGUUGAAAGCUCUCAAAGUAAUACUUCUUUUUCCGGACAUCAAGAUGUUCUACAAUCAAUUCAUAGUGAAAUUCAAAAUCUUAAUUUUAGUAGCAAUGGCACACAAUUUCAUUUUAUGCCCUUGUCAUCUGAUGAUAUUGAGAAUUUACAAAAAAUUAAUCGUAAUGUUUUGAUGAGUCAAGCAGCUUUGCCUGAAGAAAAUAAAUGUAAUGAAAGUAUAAUCGAACAAGAUACAAAAAAUUUAUUUUUAGCUCAAUCUUCUCAUAAUGGGACUACUAUCCACAAUGAAAAAAAUCAAUAUUUAGAACGUUAUAGUAAUGAAGAUGCAACUGGAUUGUUUAUUAAACAUGAAAGAGCAGCAGGAAGUGUUAUAAACCGAGUUGAUGACAUUUCUACUAACAAACUUCCAACAACACCUACUGAUUUAGAAAUAUUAGAUGAGAGUAAUGCUUACCAGCAUAUUGUUUAUAUACAAUUAGAUGGCAAUAAUGAAUCACAGUUAAUACCUGCUACAGGUUCAUCACAGCUGCCUUUAAAUACCAAUAAAAUUGUUAAAGAGAAAAUGAAAAAAGAAAAUAAAAAAAGAACACAUAAAAUAAAUACAUCUACAAAAAAUGAUAUUGAAAAAGUUUCUUUAAGAACAUUAGCACCACGAAUGCCUCUUCAUACUAACACUCAAUUAGGGAUGAAUUCAGAAAGGUCCCACUUAAAACCUAUGACAUUUACAUCUCAAAUGCAGUUAUAUGAAGGGGGAGAGCAUUUUGAAGUUUUAGGAAGGUGCAUUCAGUGUUUUCGGUUUAGUAGAACUACAGCAUAUUGUCGUGCAGAAAAAAAUCAUCGGGAUCCUAAGUCUUCUGUUUGUCUUGAAUGUGAAGCUACAGGUGUUAGUACUGUAGUGUGUCGAAGAAAAAUGAACCAUACUGCACCUAAUGCUCUUCCAUUAAAUAUUGUUAUAAAUACUGCUUUGCAACAGCCAGAUUAUGUGCGGCAGCUUUGUUUACGCAACAAUUUACCAUAUUGUCUCAGUGAACUUCAAAGCAUUGUCCUUCAUCAUGCUGAUAUCACAUUUUCAGCAGUACGAUUAAACAAUGAACAAAAUGAUACUAUUGUAGCAAGAAAGCCAUCUGAUUAUGCAAGAGGGUAUUUGUAUCCAUACAGUCAAGAGAAAUGGGAAGAUUGGCUUGAUAGAUAUUGUCAGCAGACUAAUACUAGUUAUAGAAUUAGAACUGGAAAGCGACGCAAUAAAAAGAUGGAACAUGGUUUGGCUAAUCAUAAUGGAAAAAUUGUCCAGUAUCGAACUCUAGAAACUCAGUUAUAUAAUUGUGCUUUAGGAGGUAAACCGCGAAAGAGAAAGCUAAGAGAAGGCAUUAAAAGGCGUAAAGAAAGAGGAUCCAAGUUGAUUGGAUGCUCUGCUGUUAUACAUACUCGUUUGUUAGAAACAGAAAAUGAAUGGCGUGCAUUGGAAAUUACUGUACCUAAAUUAUCUGCUCAUUUAAAUUCUCAUGAUCCCAGAAUGAUUCAGAAAAAUAAUCUUAUAUUUGAUUUUAAACUGCUACCUCAAUUUCCUCAACAAGUUAUUAUAGAUGAACAACAUAUGAUAGAUUUUUCACAAAUUAUAAAUGAAGACUACGAUUUUACACUUAAAAAAAAGGAAGUUCCAUUACCAGAACUUAAAAAGUGUGCAAAAAAUCUUUUAUUGAUGUGUGCAAGUCUUUUAGAUCAAAUUAAUGAUGUUGAAGCAAUCAAUACUGUGCAAGAACAUGGUCAAAUUAUUUUAAAUAGACUAUUAAAAGAUAGUGUUGUAAAACCACCGACGCCUAAAAAAAAAAGAAGAUGUAAAGAUGUUAAUGCAGUAGAUUUAACUUAAUGA